CAAAUUUAAAUCAUUCACGCGCUACAAACCACAAGAGCUAGACGUUCCUUGUGACAACAAUUAUUAUUUUUAUAUUAAUUUAAACUUUCUAAAAUGAAGAAGUACUCAAUCGUCGGCAACAAGAAGAAAGUGACGAUGGAGAACAAUCCAACAAGUCUAAAAGUAGUUGGCAAUAACUGUAUAGUGAGAGUGACGGGCAAUCAGGGAGAAAUCGAAGUGAUUGGCAACGAUUGUAAAGUUGAUGUGAUCGAUAACUUCGGAACUAUCAACUUAGUUGGAAGUGGUGGUAUUGUGACUAUCAACAGGAGAUGGAGAGGAGAUAAAGUGAACAUGGUUGGUCCAAACUGCAAUCUAAUGGUUGAUGGAAAACACAAAUCAACCACGACACACGAAGCUCAACUGUCUCCAUUCAGUAAAGAUCUGGAUGACGUUAUUGAGUCAAUAUUUUCUUUCGUGAUGCGUUGAACUAUUGAAGAUGUGACUUUGGUUUUUUAUCUGCUGUUUUUGCCUAAGGGAAAAAUAUCCAGUGUUUUUCCGUGAUUUCGUGACGUGGAAUGAGGACAUUGUGGAUUUUAUGUGCUUCGAUAGACGAACCAAUAAUCCUGUAAUGAAGUUUAAAGUGAUGUUUUAAAAUAAAGUCAUGUUUUAUUGAAAUUUUCGUC